UGGACGGCACUGUAAGUGUUGCACAGAGGCGAUAGGGAGGAGAUACAGUGGGUACAAGGCGCAGGAGCUCAUUCAUCUCGUUCUUGAGUCCAAACACAGCACCAGAGCUGAAGUACUUUUCACUUCAACUUUUUUAUUUUUUACCGCCGAUUUAAUUUCCUUUAUUUAACUUUUUUUUUCUCCUUUUACUACUUUUGCACCUGCCCAGAGGAUAGUGCGCCGGUGCCGGGAGUUGGACUGCCGAGCAGCGCAGGAGAGCUCCCCCGCGAAUCGCGUGCAGGCAUAUGGGGAAAUUACUGCUGCUUUGUCCUUGCGCACCUGAACCUUUUGGGGAUUCAUGAAAGGCGUUUUAUAGGCCAAUUAAGACUCGCAGUCAGCCGGAAUUUAAAGAGACAAACAGGGACUCGAUUGCAUUUAUUUUUAUCACAAGGUUUGCACUUUGGGGAAGUUCGCAGCAUGGCACCACCUGACUGCUUCAACCGGGUCGCAGUCAUCUUGUGUUUUUUAUCUCUAACAUUAGGACAUUUGGAGAGCGCAAACUCGCCUAGGAUUCAUCCCUCCGACAAUCCAAUCGUUCUUCAUAAAGGCAAUUUGUUAAACCUCACCUGCAGAGGUCACGGUGUCUUCAGCUGGACACUUGCCAAGCGGUCGAUCUCAUCGCAGGGAGUGAAGGUGGAGAAGUGUGAUUCAAGACCUCACCGUCAGUCUCACUGCAGCAGACUGAUAGUCACACACCUGAUUGCCAAUGACACUGGGACUUACACCUGUAAAUACACCAAGGAUGGUUCAGACCAAAUCAAAUCCACCUAUGUGUAUGUAAAAGAUCCCGACCAGCCAUUUGUGGAGCCUGUUAAAAAUUAUGUUCUUGGCAUCUACAGGCACGAGACCAGCCUUGUUGUCCCGUGUCGGACAUCCUCACCUGAUAUUGAUGUAACACUGACAGGGGCGCCAAGUUUAACUGAGAAGGUUACAAAGGAAAUGGUGUGGGAUCCAAUGGUUGGGUUCAGGAUCCCCUACGGUGCCUACGAUUCAUACAACAUGCUGGCAUGUCAUGCCAAAGUCAACAGUCAAGUGUUCAAGUCAGAAUACCUUCCAAGUAGACUGACUGAUGUCCUUAAAAAUGUGAGGAUUACUCCAGAUAACAACCGUGUUAAAAUCUUGGCUGGAGACACCCUCAUCCUCAACUGUAGUGGGGAGACCACCUAUAAUGGAAGAAUCAAUUUCACCUGGCAUUUUCCAAAGGACAAAGAAAAACGGCAUAGUAUAAUCAAGUCCCUACUCAAACCUUCUAAGGUCCUUAUAAUGAGUAACACUUUAGUGUUGCCAAACAUUACCAUGGAGGAUAAGGGAAUCUAUCAUUGCAAAGCUGAGCUGAAUCCCAGAGUAAAUGAUACUGUCACGGCAAAAGUUGUUGUCUAUGAGCAUCCAUUUCUUAACAUUUCCUCUAAGAAUGGACAGCAUAGAACAGUCACUGAAGGUGUAAGGAAGAUUGUGUUUGAACCCAGGGUCAUCGCUUUGCCACCACCAGACGUGAUAGCAUGGUACAAGGAUGGGGUUCCUAUCCAGAAGAAUUCCACUUGCUACAGGAUGUCUGAUUUUAGCUUGGCCAUCACUGAUGUGCAGGAGAAGAAUUCUGGCGUGUUCACCAUAAGCCUGGGCAACAGAGCAAAGGGGCUGUACAGGAAUCUCAGCUACGUUCUGGAAGUCACAGUGAAGCCAAGUAUUUCAGAGGCGGAGAUUGCUACUGUGGACGUGCAACCUUACAUGUCGGGCAAACAGCAUCAUCUAACCUGCACUGCUUUUGGCCUGCCGUUGCCAACCAUCACUUGGCACUGGCAACCAUUUCACUCAGAACCGAAGUUUAAAAAUGAUUUGGAGCCUGUCUUUGUCAGAGUGGAUGAAAGGAAAAAUGAUUCCUACAACUGGAUUAAAAACAUAAACACGAAUUCUCAACUAGUUAAAGGAAAAAACAAGACUGUGAGUACCCUGGUGAUCGGAGAUGCACGAGUUUCAGGACAAUUUUACUGUAAGGCUGAGAACGACAUUGGCAGCGCCCACAUUACAGUGCCUUUCUAUGUUGAUGAUCAACCUGAGAAAAUAACCACUGAACCUCAGAAAGCGAUUGAAGGGAACAACGUCAACCUGACCUGUCGGGCAACCCGUUAUCUCUACACAGAUCUACAGUGGUUGGAUUCCAGGAAUCAAACAGUCACUUCCAGCGUGUCUAGCCUCCAGUUCAGUCGCUACUCCAUUUCCCUUUCUCUCUAUUUGCACAAUGUGUCUCAAAACAGCACUGCAGGUUACAAGUGCCGAGCCUACAAGCUCAACAAGAAGGCUGAACUCAAGGAGGCUGUACUUCUUUUGGAUGCCAGGAGAAGACCGUGGCUGAAUCAAAAUCUGACUAGCCAAGAUGUGAACAAUACCAGCACCCUGAGGCUGGUUUGUAACGCUUCAGCAGUUCCUCCUCCAAAAAUCAUGUGGCUGAAAAAUGGUGUUCCACUAGAAGAAAAUCCAGGUAUCACACUGGGCGAGGACGGUACCCUGAUCAUUGAGAGGGUCAAGAAAGAUGAUGAGGGUCUGUACGAGUGUAUAGCCAGCAACACUGAGGGUGUCCUGAAAACAAGCGCUGUGGUUACUGUGUUUGGUGAUGAGGCGAAGCCAAAUAUUGAGGUCAUAAUUUUGGUGUGUACUGGAGCUGCAGCAACGUUCCUCUGGAUCAUGCUUAUUCUUUUCAUUCGCAAGCUAAGGAAGCAACCAGCACAUUAUAAGAUGGGUCCAUCGAUCAUCAUUGAUCCCGAUGAGUAUCCACUCGAGGAGCAGAAUGAUUUUCUUCAGUAUGAUGGCAGCAAGUGGGAGUUUCCUCGUGAUCGCCUACAACUAGGCAAAACACUCGGCCAUGGAGCUUUUGGAAAAGUGGUCGAGGCUUCUGCUUUUGGGAUCGACAAGCUCUCAACCUGCAAGACUGUUGCAGUCAAAAUGCUGAAAGGAGGCGCUACAUCAAACGAGCGAAAGGCUCUGAUGUCAGAGUUAAAGAUCCUGAUCCACAUUGGCCAUCACCUCAAUGUGGUUAACCUGCUGGGAGCCUGCACGAAACCUGGCGGACCGUUGAUGAUGAUAGUGGAGUUCUGCAAAUAUGGAAAUUUGUCCAACUAUUUGAGGGGCAAGAGAGACGACUUUCUCGUCUACAAAAGCCCGGAUGGUAAAGUGGUUUCAUCCGGAUUGGGCUGCGAACUCAGCGAGCUGAUGAAGCGCCGCUUGGAGAGCGUGGCCAGCACCGGAAGCUCCGCGAGCUCUGGUUUUAUCGAAGAUAAGAGCUACUGUGACUCAGAGGAAGAGGAAGAAGAACCUGAGGAUUUAUAUAAGAGAGUUCUGACACUGGAAGAUUUAAUUUGCUACAGUUUCCAAGUUGCAAAAGGCAUGGAGUUCUUGGCUUCACGAAAGUGCAUUCAUCGUGAUCUGGCUGCACGUAAUAUCCUGCUUUCUGAGAAUAAUGUUGUGAAGAUCUGUGAUUUUGGACUCGCAAGGGAUGUCUACAAGGACCCAGAUUACGUGCGCAAAGGAGAUGCUAGACUGCCGCUUAAGUGGAUGGCACCUGAGGCCAUUUUUGACAAGAUCUACACAACUCAGAGUGAUGUUUGGUCCUUCGGUGUUCUCAUGUGGGAGAUCUUCUCUCUGGGUGCCUCCCCAUACCCGGGCGUCCAGAUCGAUGAAGACUUUUGCUGCAAACUCAAAGAGGGAACCAGGAUGAGAGCGCCAGAAUAUGCUUCCUCUGAAAUAUAUCAGACCAUGCUGGACUGCUGGCAGGGUGAGCCACAGCAGAGGCCGACCUUCACUGAGCUGGUGGAAAGGCUGGGAGACUUGCUUCAGGCUAGUGUGCAACAGGAGGGUAAGCACUACAUACCCAUCAACACAGCCUUGCUGGCAAAGGUGGGAGACCAGACUGUUCCAGUAUCGUCAGAGGAGACACGGCCAACCUCCCACCGCGACUCAGGGAGCAACUGGAAUAUUAAGAUCCGUCCCGCCAGCGUAAAAACCUUUGAUGAGGUUAUGAUGGAGGACGGAACAAGUGAGAACCACGAGGGUCAUUCAGACAGCGGGAUGGGCCUUUUGUCUGACAACAUGAAGACACUAAUGCGCUUUGAGUCGUUGGCAGGCCGACCUCUGAGCAUCAUGGCUCUGGCGAUGAAGGCAGCGAGUAAGAGUAAAGAGUCCAUGCUGUGUGACGCAGAGAAGGAGAAAUACCAGCCCAUCGUCCCCCCUCUGGACUUCAGUCUGGACGACUCGUCUCUAGACACCAGCCUCGAGUGUCACAGCCCGCCGCCUGACUAUAACACCGUGGUGCGCUACUCCACCCCUCCUGUGUAACCUCCCGUUUUGUCCCUGGAGAAUCUGAGAGUGACAACCUCAAGGCCUUUGGCUUUGCCCUCCUCUGUUUUGACUCUUAUCUCCGGAUCGUUUCUCUAGCAACACUUGAGUGUGAAAUACGAAAGGACGCUCAUGAAUCAGCUUGACCGUGAUUUUUUUUUCUUCCUACUUCAAGGAAGGCUGUUAACUGGUGACUUCUCUCCAGUUUGAAGGCAACAUUAAAGCUGCUGGUCCGGUCCACGUUCACUGUAAUAUGGCAAACAGCUAAAAACAGGCUCAGGUAUUUCUUUGAUCUACUGUGAAACAAACCGCAAUGAUUUCACUAUGAACAAGCUACAGCGUUUAGAGAUGAAAAAGCCUUAAAAGAAAAGAGAGAGGAUUCCUUAGACCUUUCAAAUUCAGACCAAAAACCUUUUAAAAAAAAAAUAUACAUAUAUAUAUAUAUAUAUUAUAU